AUGUUCACAUAAUUAAAUAACAAAAUAACGCUUAUAUCUUCAUUUAAAACCGCUCCAAAUAUAGGUCUAAUAAAAUAUUGGGGGAAAUGGAAUGAAAAAGAAAUUAAUCCAUUGAAUACAUAAAUAAAAGUAACUUUAAAUCGUAGAGACAUAUUUACAUCAACUACAUCUACUUUGAAUCCUUAAUCAGAUAAAAAUCAAUUAAAUUUUAACGUAAAUGACUUUCCUAUAAGUAAUAGGAUCGAAAGACUUUUUAACAUAUUUCGAGAUAAAAUACAAUAGUCAAAAUAAAUAGCAUGUAAUAUAUAAAAGAAUUCUCUUUCUGAUAAAUUACUGGGAUAGCUUAUUCCUGAUAUAGUCAGAGUUGAAUCUAAUAAUUCAUUUUCUACUGGCAGUGGAUUAGCCUCAUUAUCAUCAGGGUUAUCAGCAUUAACAUUAUUUCUAUAGGACAUUCUUAAGACUAAUAUUGAGGUUAGAUAUCUAAGCAGAAUUGGUUCAGGAAUGCUUAUAGAUAUUUGUAUGGAAAUUUCGUAUUAUUCGUAAGUGUCUAUUAAAAAAAAUUUAGAUAAAUAUGAUUAAGUAAGAAUAGAUCUGGAAAGUGAAAGAUGCUUGUCUUAUUAAAUUUAAAACAGUUGAA